AACCCCAGGGACGCCUCAUUUAUCUCCACCUUGGUCAAUGCCAACGGCGUCCUGAGAGGAACUGAUGGUAUCAACGCUUUCGGUAAAUGGUAUCCAAAACAGCCGGACAUCCCACCCAGUGACCACUAUAUGCUGAUGACCGGAUAUGACAUCAUGGGAUCUUCAGGAAUAGCCAUCAGUAGCCGCAUGUGCACGGAGUUGAGUAUGUCCAUUUGUGAGGACAGUUUUACUGGCUCGCUAGGUGGCGUAGCCGCACAUGAGCUUGGACACAG